AACACUGUCUCUGUUCACCGACUGUGGUACCGAUAAAGUUUUGGAAAUAACUCGGCGCAGCAGCAAUGGCAGCUCCCAUGACUUGGAGGAGGCUGGUGCACUCGGUAUACUCCCCGGCCAUCGCCGGGGUUUUUAGCCGGAUAUCUGACCGGUUCUUCCGCGCCCAGGACAGAAGGAGAGGGUCAGCCAUGUUGCUGCUGGCUCCACUGCUUGCUCAAGCCGAGCCAGCGCCACGCCACGUUUCCAGGCCCACCGGGUCAGCCGGAGCUCAGGGCUCAGACGGCCUCUGCAGCCACUUCCGAUGGAUGGCGGAACAAGUACCCGCCUUCCGGGUGCCGGGAGCCCACAUCCAGAUCCUGACGUCACCGGACCAAUUUUACCAGGCAGUGAAGGCCCGCAUCAGUAGCGCACGAAGGCGGGUGGUGAUGGCGUCCUUGUAUCUGGGAACGGGACAGCUGGAGCAGGAACUGGUUGACUGCAUGGAGGAAGCGCUCCAAUAUGCAAAAGAAAACCGUCGCUCUCCUGACUUCAAAGUCUCCGUACUACUGGACUACACUCGCGGAUCAAGAGGUCAGAUUAACUCCAGGACCAUGCUGCUGCCUCUGCUGCAGCGCUUCACCUCUCAGAUGCGAGUAUCUUUAUACCACACUCCAGACCUGAGAGGCCUGCUGCGACUCCUGGUGCCGCAGCGCUUCAACGAGACCAUUGGAGUCCAGCACAUCAAAGUUUACCUGUUUGACGACAGCGUCAUCAUCAGCGGGGCCAACCUGAGCGACUCGUACUUCACCAACAGGCAGGACCGCUACGUGCUCCUGGAGAACUGCAGGGAGGUGGCAGACUUCUUCUCCGACCUGGUGGAGGCCGUGGGGGACGUCUCCCUGCAGCUGCAGCCGGACAACUCGGUCACCGUGCAGGACGGCAUGGUGCACCCCUACAAAGGAAACCGGGAGGACUUCUCGGCAGCGGCGAGGAAGCGCAUCAUGGAGGUCAUGAGCUCGGCCCGCGUGAGACAGCAGCAGCAGCUGCGCCUCUCCAGGGAGGAAGAGGCCAGGAGCGAGGAAGAGGAGGACACCUGGGUGUUCCCCCUGGUCCAGAUGAAACCUCUGGGCAUCCGGACGGACGAGCAGGUCACACAGCGGCUGCUGACAGACGCCGGCCCGGACUCCACUGUGUUUCUAACAUCGGGUUACUUCAACCUGACCCGGGCCUACAUGCGUCUGGUGCUGGAGACCGGAGCCAGCUACCGCAUCCUGACCGCCUCCCCAGAGGUCAACGGGUUCUUCGGGGCCAAAGGCAUCGCCGGGGCGAUUCCUGCAGCUUACAUCCACAUCGCCAGGCAGUUUUACAACCGAGUGCGUCAGCUGGGCCAGCAGGAGAGGGUCCAUCUGCACGAGUACCACCGGCCGCAGUGGACGUUCCACGCUAAAGGUCUGUGGUAUUACCUCAGGGGGCAGGACAGGCCUUGCCUCACUCUAAUUGGCUCCCCUAAUUUCGGUUACCGCUCGGUUCACCGCGACCUGGAGGCCCAGAUCGCCAUAGUGACGGAGAACGAAGCCCUCCAGAGCCAGCUGCAGGAGGAGCAGGAGACGCUGUACCGGCGCUCCAUGGAGGUUUCCGACUCCACGUUCCAGCAGCCCAAUCGCUACGUCAAGCUGUGGGUCAAGCUGGUCACUCCCCUCAUCAAGAACUUCUUCUGAGAUCCAAAAGAACCACCGCAGGGAGAGCGGGGACAGCGGGUCGGCUCAUUCACCGCCGCCGUGAGGCAAAGUGAGUCAGCGCGGCGUUACGGCGAUGAUUUGACACUUUGGUCGUACUUCUGCGAGGCGACCUGGCCGGGGUCAUUAGGAGUAAACGGAGAGGUCGAGCCGCAUUUCUGCCGCCGCUCCAGCUGAAGGACGAGCCGUCAGCUGCAAGGCGAGAGAAAGCCGCUCAGUUUCUGAGAACAGGAAGUGUCUCUCAGGCUGGAAACUGCCGGUAAAUGGGUGGUGUCUUAUCACUACCUGGACAGAGAGAGAGAGAAAAAUCUGAGUCAUCAGCUGCCAGAAGGAAACAGUUUAAAAUAGAUCAUCUUUCUGCCCUGAAGCGUAACAAAUACGCACACACUGAAUGCCUGUAAGGAGUGGAUUUAGUUCUGGAAAACUGCAGAAGCUUUGAUUCGUGUCACAGGAUCAGUGUAAAACUUUGUUAUACGAAUCCUGACAGAUGAGAACAUAUCAGAGGAAAUAAAUCUUUCAGAUACAGCUUUUACUGAAUAAUAGCUGUGUUAUAAAGUAGCUGUAAAAUGGAAGGUUUCUGACCUGAGUUAAGUAAGGUUGCAUAAGAGCGUACUCCCUAACGACUGGGAGGGUUUUUCCUGACAGUUCCUCAGGCGGAUCUUGCAGCAGAUUCAUGGUCUGCAGAAAGAUUCAAAACCAUUCAGUGUCCAAACGUAUCAGGAGUUAUGCAUCAUAGGCCCGUCACCGUAACCAAUUCUCAGUCCCAGAAAUUAUUGCGAUAAACGAUAAUAUUGUUGUUUUGAGACCUUUUUCUAGUAAUGCAUUGAUAUUGACAUAAUAAUGACAGUUUGUCGUCUGAACAAGAUAUUCAAAGAAUCCAAAAUUAAACACAAAAACGAUAAAAUUAAACGUAAAUAAAAACCAGUUAAAACCGAAACCAUGAAUAAAAUUAAUUAUAUAAUCUCUGUAAUCCAAAUUUCUUCUCAAAAAAACAUUGAUCAUCAGAAUGGAAAUUAUCGAGCUCAUUUUAAUUGAUCGUGUGAUUAACUGCUUAUUGCCACUCAACAUUAAUCAAUAACUGGGACUUCCCCUUUAGUUUUUGGUGUCGUUUCACAAAGAGCAACUUUCUUAAUCUUGCUCAAUUGUACAAAGAAAACAUUAAAAAUCUCCCUAAUCCAUGUCGGUAAAUAUAAUCUGAGGAAACAAAGUGUGAGCUAAGGUACCCACACUGAAGCAUGGCGGUGGCAGCAUCAUGCUUUGAGGUCGGUUUUCUAUAGCUGAAAAUGGAGCGAAUUAUGAAAAGUUUCUGUCAGUUUUAGUUUAAAUGUGUUUUAAGCAACAGAAGUUUUUUACUUUUAAGUUUUUUCCCCCUAAAAUAAAAGUUCUGAAAUCAUUUAGUCAUGUCUGUUUUCGCAUGGAAAAACAAAAACGGGUGUAAAUAAUUUUAUAUCCACUGCAAAUGUGGAAAAAGAUUGAAGAAAAUUAAAACGACCUCACUAAUCUUUACAACUUUCCGAAACAGUCGGUCCGUUUGGGUGCAGCCCGGUCUUAAAUGUGUUGCUGCGGAGGACAAACCAAAAAUAGUUUUUAAAUAAACGUCAUAAAACCGAAUCAAGUCAUAAAUUUCGCUGAUAUAAUUAAACCAAACCAAUCGAGAGUCAUUACGUCUCUCCAGAGCGACCAGCUUUUAUUUACUGAGGCUGUUUCAUGUGAAGACCUAAAAGUUUGGGAGUUGUGGGACUCGUCCAGCCGCUGAUAAAUAGUUUUUUGUAAGUUAACGUGAUUUGUGUGCGAAUCGGAGUGUUUCUGAAUUGCAUUAUGGGCUCCUGUCUGCAGCUUCAUUUAAUAUCUGCAGGUAAUUUAGAGAAGUGCGGCUCUGUCGACUCUUACCGGAAACCACAGUCAUGUUUCCAACUCCUUCACACGAAAGGAAAAAAAAAAGAAAUCUUAAUUUCUGACUUUGAAUUCAAACAGGUUAAGAGUUAAGCACAAUAAAUAUGAUCCAGUUGCUGAUUUUUAUUGUCGUGUUUCUGCUGCGUGUUUCUCCCUCCCUCUCCUCUCCUGAAGAACUCGUUGUUUUUUUUUGUUGUUUUUUUUGUUGUCUUGCUCUGAGUUCCUUUAUUUUGCUUUCCUUUUGUUUUCUUUGUUUCCUUCUGGCGUGUGAUCGACUUCACUUCCAGUACGUCCUCUAUUUUUAUUUUCCCGAAAGAAGAGGGCAAAACAAAAGCCGUCCUCUCUCCAACAAUAGCCUCGCCCGUGGAGGGUGUGAAGAGAUCUUAUCUGCAGCUCGGUUCGUCUAUUGUUGGGCAGGAGCGACAGCAGCCUCGAGCCUCUCCGGUUCGGCCGCGUUCACAUGCAGCGACGUCCAGUCUGGAUCCAGAGAAACUGCCGGCGUGUGUUUGUUUGUUUGUGACCGCCCUCUAGUGGUGAAAAGUUGGCACUUCAGGAGGGAACUUAAUUUGAGGUCAGGGGUCAUCUGAGUGCGUUUUAAUAUAACCAGCGAGUUGAUUUGGUUCAGUAACAAAAAACUUAUUCUGUAUAUUUAUUCUGCGCGGUGAAAUGUAUCGAGAUUUAUUUCUCUUAAACCAAAAUCAAACAUUUAUUUUCUCAAAAUAAAUACAGCACAUUAUAAAAAUGGCCAGUGCUCCUUUUUAGUGAAUUGCUGCAUCAAUGCAACGUCUAAUUUUGCAGAAGUGAAUUUUCCUAAACUUCCUAAAGGCCCCGGUAAUCAAUGUCGCUGAUUCUCAGCUUUUUACCAAACUUUUUUCUUCCACUCAAUUUUCUAUUAAUAUUCUCAGAUAAAGUAGCACACACAAAAAAUUAAUUAAAUCAAUUGAUAGGAUGAUAAAUUACAAUUCAGCCAAUUUCUACUUUGAUAAUCAUAUUUUGAAAGGAAAGUUUGUUUACAGGCUAUAAUUUAUUUACAUUUUCAGUUGAAUGUGGUUUUUAUGUCUAUUUUAUUUGUUUGUACUUAGUUGUUUGGUUUUUGUCAUUUUUUCUUUUGGGGGGCUGACGGUUAUUUAAAAUAUCUUCCAGUUUCAGUAUUAAGUGCUCUUUACAAAAUUAAAUUAAAGACCAAGCCAGAAUUAUUCUGAUGUUAUAUUUGUUGUGUUUUGUAAAUAGCAUAAAAAUGUUUGGAAUAUAUAAUUCUGUGUGAAAUUAAUCCAUUUCUUUCCUAUUUUGUGUCGAAUUACUGAAGCAAAUGAUCUUUUCAAUGAGAUUUUAAUUUAUUCAAAGCACCUUUAGGCUUAUUAUCAGAAAUAAUUGUGAUUUUUAAAAAAAAUGCCAUUUAAUAAAAAUGCAGUGUUCCUAAAAAGUCAACUGAAGAUGAUUUUGUCUAGUUUUGUUUUAUUUCUUUAAAUUUGGGAUUUUCCAAGACAGAAAUGA